AUGGUGCUCACGCAGUCGGAGCUGUCCUCGCUUGCCCCCUUCGUAAAAACAACGACACAGCGACGUCGUUUCUUAGUGCUCUGUGCGUUAAGCUACGUUGAGCGCCCAGUUAUCCCAGACAUCCGGUACAAUCUCAAUGCUGUGUCCGAUGCCAACGCACUGCUGGACUUUCGCUUCGACGUCAUGGGAAUUAAGAAGUUGGGCUAUCUUCUUGGUCUCCCGGCUGUGGUGAUUACUACUCAACGCUACCGUGCUUCCCGGGACGAAGCGAUGUGCAUUCUGCUCGGCCGUCUGGCAUUUCCAACUCGGCUCCACACCAUCACUGCCAAUCAGGAACUGCACCACCCGCCACUCAAACCUGACGUGUCAAGUGUGAGGAUCCUAGGAGGCGCCAAUGGCAAGCAUGUGUCGCUGUACACGAAGAUCCCCUACAACACACUCAUGAGGAUUGUGCGCCAAACCAAGGCAGGCACGAACAAGGCACCUCAACGUCGUGGUCCUAAGCCAGUCCUACCAGCGGAAUGCGAACGCGAUUUGGUGCAGUGGAUUGUUGCGAUGCAGCAAGACGGACAUCCGCCUGACCGCCAUGACAUUCUCGUCAAGGCAAACAAGUUGGCACGCGAGUUCGAUCCAUUACAGUCCCUGACGGACGAUUCCGGUUCCAUGUACACGAUCUCCAAGACGGUUGCGCUGCGCAUUGCGUCGAGGGCGUGGACUAGCCACAUCGUUCCGACGAACGUCAUCAGCGGUUUUCGAACAACUGGCUUGUGUCCGCUGUCGCAUGACCAAAUGGUCAAGCGGUACAGCCUCUUCAAGGACUGCGGGGUCCCACGUUCAUACCUCCAUGCAGACUGGAUUGUGCGCCGCCAAGUCAUUAGGGCCAUGAUUUUGUGUCUGCCUGCACGUGAAACCAAAACAAGGGGGUCAUCCCGCAAGACAGUCGACGUAGGGGGGAGACUUCUUACCUUGGCUCUGCUGCACAAGAUGGACGCCACAAAAAAGGAGCGCCUUGAGGCAGCCCAACGCAAGAAUGCCCUCAAGGCCAAGCGGAAGAACAAACGCGGUGGCAUCGUGCUGUCGCCGCUGGCAUUGAAGUGGGCCAGUAUUGCGGCGAAGUUGGGAAUGGCGCCUCUGUCAAAUGGAACGGUCAUGAGUUGCGAGGCUACUGAAGUAGUCGUGUAA